AUGCUUCAUUCGCUCAACGCACUCGCCGGCAAGAUAUCGCCGGGCGGCGGCCUCGACAACAACGCAAACAAACACACGCAUCCGAACAGGAACCACAAGGCGUAUGCGCCGUCAUCGCCCUACUCCAAAACUAAUGGGAUAAAUAAUAUGAAUAUAAAUAAUAACAACAACUGUACGAGUAUCAAUAACAACAACAAUGACGAGACAUCGGAGAUGCCGGACCCUGACUAUAUUAAGAUGUUCGUUGGUCAAGUACCCCGAAGUAUGGACGAAAAUGACUUACGGCUGAUGUUUGAGGAGUUUGGUCGGGUGCAUCAGAUUAACGUGCUAAGGGAUAAGAUCACUGGUGCUAGUAAAGGAUGCUGUUUUGUGACGUUUUUCACGCGAAAAGCAGCCCUGAAAGCGCAAGACGCUUUGCACAAUAUCAAAACUUUGUCAGGGGUAAGUGCGUUUUAUGUUCAUUGUUUUUGGGGUCACCGAUAUGCUCAGAGUGGUGUUUAUGUGAACUCCAGAUUUGAUAAAGAAGAUUUUUACGCGUGA